AUGUCGUUGGCAAAAGUCGGUUCCAUGGACGUGACUCUGAACCGUGCUGGCCGUCUGAGCUGUAAUUUGGGCCUGCGUAUUGGUACAACACGAUCAGAGCGAGCAAUCAAUCGCACACUCAAUCAGGAGCCUUCGAAAAAAAAGGCGUCCCCGGCGAACGAAAGGUCCACCGGACGGGCCAUGGCCUACCCCGCGUCGAGCAAUUCCCGUCGCUCCUCCGCGCGACGGACGGACUGGCCGCGACUCCGCUCGCUCGCUCGCUCAGCUCGCAGCGCCGCUCUGCAGAAUGGAAUGUCCCACGUGGGAAUGCUCAAGCUCUCACGCUCAGUCGACGCUCAAUGUACACGCGUCCGCCUCCGCCCUCCACGUGUCGCUCGUCGUCUUCCACCUUCUCCUCGGUGGCACGUGGAAGCUCCCGCCAUACACGCGGCGUCGCAUCCCUUUCAUAUAAUCGGCGAAAUUCCCGCACUUGCUGACGCGUCGCUGACGAGCCCUAAUUCGUCUCUUUUGCCCUCAGCCCGGGCCGGGCGCGGCAGCCCCCGUAUUCCGCCGCGACCCGCCAUAUUUUUCCCCCGCCCGCGCACGCCACUAUAUAACCGGGCUUCUGCACAUUCCACGUACUCGUCCGUUCUACGCAUUCGCGCUGUACACCGCCGCGCCUACUCGCACCCCUCGCCGCCCUCCCCUAGCGCACGGUAG